AUGGAGUUCAAGUUCAACUCCGCCGCCUGGACUUCGCCGCAGCGCUGCUGCGGGAGCCGCUGGAGAGGCCCGAAAAACGGAGAAGAGGAAAUAAAUGAUUCAAGAAGAAGAAAGAGAAGGAGUACUGGUCUCUCGACUGAGUGCAGCAGCCCCGCGAGGCCGCCGCGCCUAAGAGAUCCUUUUGCUCGCAGUUUUAGCUUGCUGCUGCUGCUGCAGCACAGAACGCAGCAGCAGCAGCAGCAGCAGCAGCAGCAGCAGCAGCAGCAGCAGCAGCAGCGUGCGAGAGGCUUCUGGCGCCGCAGUGAAACUGCCUUGCUUUGCUUCUCCAGACCUGAAAUUCAAAUUUGCAGAACUUCGCUGCAGCAAAUCCCUAGGAAUUAA